AGGCACCUGGACACUACGUUGCGUGAUGAAGAUAGUAUUGGUACUGUUGAUCGGCUUCUGCUGCGCCGUGCACGCAGCGAAUAUAGCAGCCGAGGAACCUGCAAUUAGAGACCUAGAAGAAAACAAUGUGAUCGAACAGGAGGCUAGACUUGACAAGAGGGACUUGGGCGAUGAAGACGCAGAAGAGCGUUUACUUCACGAAAAUGUGCGAGAGUUGGAUGAAGAUGGCGAAGAUGGUUUGGAACUGUUCGAAAGACAUCAUAAGUCGAAGUCAAAGUCGAAGUCGAGGUCCAAAUCCAGAUCCGGGUCUAAAUCAGGAGGUUGGUCUUGGUCUGGUGGUAUUUCGUGGAACAAGUGCAAAGCUGGACCCCCAGGGCCACCAGGUCAAAAGGGGUGUCAGGGUCAAAAGGGUGGCGCCGGUGCACCAGGCCAAAAAGGGUGCAAAGGGCCUGCUGGGCCCAAAGGUCCGGCUGGUCCAAAAGGACCACCAGGUCCGAAAGGCCCAAAAGGCCCCAAAGGCCCCAAGGGUGAAAAGGGACAGCGAGGUUGGAAGGGUAAACCCGGCGAAGACUGUAAAGGCGGCAGCAAAAAGAAGUCUGCGUUCACAGGAUUGCGUACGUGCGCUGCUUGUGGCUUUGCUAAUGGUGAGAUCAUUCGUUUCAGCAAGUCAUUAACCAACGUUGGUGGCGAUUUCGUCCACAAAACCGGCAUCUUCAAAUGCGAGUACGCGGGCACCUACUAUUUUUCGUUCAACAUGAGAAAGCCCAGUAACGUAACCACGAUUCAAGUCGACUUGGAGAAAAAUGAUGAAAAACAGCUAGACGUCGACAAGAGAGACUUGGAAGAUGAGGACGCAGAAGAGCCUUUAGUUCAAGAAGAUGCGCGAGGGUUGGAUGGUGGUGGCGAAGAUGGUUUGGGUGAUUUGGAAAGACGUGGUUGGUUUGGAUUGAAAUCAAAGUCCAGAUCUCAUUCCAGAUCUGGUUCCUGGUCUGGGGGACUUUCUUGGAAUCACUGUAAAGCUGGACCUCCGGGCCCACCAGGACAAAAAGGCUGCCAGGGUCAAAAGGGUAGUACUGGUCAACCAGGCCAAAAAGGCGGCUCUGGGCCUAUUGGACCUAAAGGUCCGACUGGUCCAAAAGGGUCACCAGGCCCGGUAGGCCCACCAGGACCGAAUGGCCCCAAGGGUGAAAAGGGACAGCGAGGAUGGAAAGGUAAACCCGGUGAAGACUGUAAAGGCGGCAGCAAAAAGAAGUCUGCGUUCACAGGGUUGUGUACGUGCGCUGCUUGUGGCUUUGCUAAUAAUGAGAUCAUUAGUUUCAGCAAGUCAUUAACCAACGUUGGUGGCGAUUUCGUCCACAAAACCGGCAUCUUCAAAUGCGAGUACGCGGGCACAUACUAUUUUUCGUUCAACAUGAGAAAGCCCAGUAACGUAACCACGAUUCAAGUCGACUUGGAGAAAAGUGAUGAGAAACAGGUUUCCGUGCACGAGACCGGCAAUACCGGUGAUACUGGUAGCGCUGGGGUUGUUUUGAAGCUGGUCAAAGGUGACACUGUCUACCUGCGACUUGUAAAAGGAAACCGGUUGGAGCUACAACGUACGUACGCAGUCGUGCCCGCUAUCAUGGAAAGACUGUUCAUUUUUAUCACGAUGGUAUUUGUGGUGGGUGCCCAGUAUAAUCCAGAGGGUGUGAAGUUCGGCUCGUCAGAUAUUUCUAAAGAAUCUAGUGAAUCGGAAGCUCUAAAAUGUGUUUCAUAUCACUACUUGACUUGCAACAACGACCAGCCUGAAUGUUCCAAAGUAGAGGAGUGUGCUGCAGGCAAUGAUUAUUGCUAUUCGAUGUGGCAAAGCUACGAUUUGGAAGGCGAGACUGUUAAUGACAUGCUACUGCAGGGAUGCUGGAGCACUAACAGUAACUUAGCAUGUUCCUCAUCUGAUCGUUGCCAAGGAGCUGAUGCCAGAUACGGAUUCCGCUUCUGCUGUUGCCAGGGAAAAUAUUGUAAUUCCGAAGUCCAUGAUCCUGAGUAG